AUGUCAGAGAGAAGUAUAAUAGCGCGCUUACCGACAAUCGAAAUUACACUUUGUUUUUUGGUUUGGAUAGUACAUUCAUUCGUGGCAUUUUGCAUUGCAUGGAAUGUCUCUUACAAAUUUCGCAACAAUUUAGUUUUGGAAGCCAGUAGAUACAUAAAUGGUUAUCAAGAGGAUCAAUCCGAUUUGGAGUGGGAUUAUUUUAUCAAAUCGUUAAGUCGAAUAUUGAUCAUCAAUACAUUACAUAUGGUGCUGUUCAAAAUUUGCCCAGUUCUUCUGCCGAAACAAUUAUCGCAGUGUUUACUGCUGGUAUUUUGGAUUGUUGCAGAGAUCUUCUUCACAAGUAUCACUUGCGUUAUAACUGUAUUCAUGCUAGCUGUCGUAAUGGGUAUUGUAGCAAAUUAUUGCCGCCAUGAAUUAGUUUCAUGGUUUAUCCUCAUAAUGUUCAUAAUUAAAGUCCAUUCGAUCAUACAUUUCAGUAAAGUUGAAGAUGUUUGUUACAGAGAAUUCAAUUAUUAUCUUUAUAGCGUUGUAAAGAUUCUUAAUUUUUGCAUUUACUUAUCACGAGCGAAGGAUAUCAACGUCAGUCCAUUCUUAAUUUUUCGCUAUAUUCAAUAUAUAUUUUAUCCGCCGUACUCAAUUAUUUUAAUUGUUCUAUUCAAUGAUUUUGAUGCAGAAAUGACGGAGAUUGAAAACAGUUCCUCGAAAUGCAUAAAUUACAGAGUUUUGCUCGUACGUAUGGUACGAAUUAUAGUAUGGUUCAUAGCAUUCGAAAUGAUACUACAUUCCAUCCAUAUUCAUGCACUUCUUGCCAUAAGUCCAGCAUUAUUCAAUACUCUCAAUGAGUAUCAAUUGGCGAGUGUAGCUUACGUAAAUGGCAAGUUGUUUUAUAUGAAAUAUUUAUUGAUCUUUGGAAUUCCGGCUUGGUUCGCUUCAGCUGAUGGCCUAAAACCUCCGGCAGGACCUAUGUGCAUAUCUCGUAUUAGUAAUUAUUCACAGAUGUGGCGCAAUUUCGAUAGAGGCCUUUACGUGUUCCUCAAAAAACAAGUAUAUAUACCAGUGUCAGGUAAUCCAAGCAGCAAAUACUUUUCACUACGUCGUUUCGCUGCAUUGGGAUCUGUAUUUUUGUUUGUACUUGCUUGGCACGGAACUUCUUCAAACUAUUUUUACUGGGUUUUACUUAACAGUCUUGAAAUAUGUAUGGAGUGGUUUGGAGCAGCAGUAUAUAAAACUACUUUCUACGGCAAGAUCCAAAAAUUUUUGGGGCCCAGAGGAGAGCGACGACUUAUCGCAUAUUUGAUGAUAACUACUGCCGUGCCCGGAAUCUUCGGUGUAUUUUUCUUUCUCAAUCGAAAAGAAAUUGGAAUUAUUAUUUUUAAACGCUUGUAUGUCAAUUUAGUUGGUGCAAUUUUCUUGGAUUUGCCUUACAGCUCACUUUAUUAUUAUGCGAUAACUGCUCAUUUCGUAAUACUUGGAUAUUGCUUUAAUCAUGUUUGCCUUGAGCUCGAAAAAUACUACGCCGUCAAACGAGUUUCGGAGGACGAAGUUAAACGAAAAGUAAUGUAA